UCAAGUUAACAUCUGAGUUGGUUUGGCUGCACAAUAAAUGCUAUAGGAACCCUCAGAAGCCUCAAGCUGUUUUGGAGGUUGUGCAGCAAUGCUUGGAAAUGUACCUCCUUUUGCCUCAAUGCUUCCACAUGCACACCCUUCAGAGAGUACAGUCUUGCAAGGAGGUAUGAUUAAAUCAGACAGAACGGGUAAUGUGAGGUUGAACUCUUCAUGUGCCCUCAGGGCAAGGUGUGUGUCUAUCAAAUUAAUCACCUUUAAACCUAUGUUCCAUCUGAGGCAGAAUCCUUGCUUAAGCACGACAUCUGCAAAGCGACCUCUUCAGUUUUUGGAUACACUUGUACCAACAAAAUCAGCGAGAGCUUGUGGUGCCAAUUUGCCUUUGGUGAGCUGUGUUGGUCUCGUCUGUACAGUCUAUAUGCACAGCGCUCGCCCUACGCAUCAGUCAACUGCUGAUACAAAGAAUAAUGAGCCGAUCAAGACAUGUGGGCAAGAUAAGGAAACGGCUAGAGGAGAUCAAGAAUCAGUCAGUCAGGCCAACAAAAGCAGAUUUCAGCCACCAUGAAAGUGUAAGACUAGCUACUGAUGCCCUGUUGGACGGUGGGACUGAAUCUUAUCUCCGAGCCUUAAAUGAAGAAGGAGAGGUGGAUUUUCUGUCAUCCAUCGAAGCUCAGUAUAUCAAGAAAAAUGCCAGAGAGCCUUACUAUGCUAACGAAUCUCCCACAGAGAGGGAGACUGGACCAAGGCAGAAUGAUGCUGGCUCUCUCCAGUCAGGAACAUACUUCCCUAUAUCUGAAGGCAGUGAACCAGCCCUGCUUCACACAUGGAGCACAGCAGAGAAGCCCUAUCUAAAGGAGAAAUCCAGUGCCACUGUGUAUUUCCAAACAGAGAAGAACAGCAACAUCAGAGACAUUAUACGCCGCUGCAUCAGCAAGACCAGUCAGGUUCUGGCCAUUAUGAUGGAUGUUUUCACUGAUACCGAGGUAUUCUGUGAUGUGCUAGAGGCAGCUAACAAACGAGGUGUUUUUGUCUAUCUGUUGCUUGAUCAAAGCAACAUAAAGCUCUUCAGUGAGAUGUGUGACAAGGUGCAGAUUGCAGAGGAUCACUUCAAGAAUAUUUCAGUCCGAAGUGUUACUGGAGAGGUUUACUGUGCCAAGUCAGGCAGGAAAUUCUCAGGGCAAAUCCAGGAAAAAUUCAUCAUCUCUGAUUGGAGAUACGUUCUCUCUGGAUCAUACAGCUUCACAUGGCUGUGUGGCCAGGUUCACCGGAACUUCCUUUCCAAGUUCACUGGCCAAGUUGUAGAGCUCUUUGAUGAAGAGUUUCAACACCUCUAUGCUUUGUCCAAGCCAGUGAUGGGACUGAGAUCUCCCCCACACACAGUGCCCUUCUUGCUAAACACAAGCACCACCACCCAAGGCAGCCUCACUAGCAGCAGCAACCAGGGAAGUGCCAAUACUCCUUCAGAUCCAUUCAGUAGCUUGUCGGCCAAUAGCACGUAUCAAACCAAACAACCUCCCAGCACUCACAUGUACAGCAGCAACCCAACAUCACAGUCACCACUUCAUAGAGGUAACUCCUUCCAUGGCUACACCUCAUUCAUGUCAACCCAACCAUGGAAGACCAUCCAGACCAACUACUAUCAGUGGCAGCAUGUUGCUGACACCCCAGUACUCCUUUAUAAUAAUGUUAACAUCUACAAACCUAUGCAAUUUAGACAAGAUGAUGUAAACAGGUCCAGAUUAAACCCAUUGUGGUGAUGCCUUCACAAAGCUAACCUGAUUACAUAACCACCUUGUUUUGUAUUACAAACAAAUAGGUAAUAAUGUAUUGAAGAUUCAUUUUAGCAAUAGCCUGUUCAGUGAUGAACACUCAGCAUAGAAAUUAUGUAUAAUAUAAAAUGGGGAGACUUGCAAGACUGUGUUCUCUCUUUAUUUUCUUUCAAGCUUAGGGAUGAUUGUAUGUUUCAGUCACGAAGGACAACCACCACCAAAUGUGUUAUAUCCUUGGGGGCAACAGCUUUAGGAAGAAAUCACUGGAGACACAGAGAGCUGUAAACCUUGGAGCAGCCAUUUAUUGCUACCUACAGAACUAACCAACAGCCAGCCAAACAGGCUGGGCUAUCUCCUAAUAAUCUGACUCAGUUGCCAUAGCAACACAAGAUUCUAUUACCACGACAACCAAAUACACAACAAAAUGUUUCUCUAAUUAAUAAAACCUAAGUCUGUUAGCACUAAACCCUUGCAUAUAAGAUGAUACUGUUUAGGAAUAGAAGUAGUAGCAUUGUUUAAAAUGUCGGUUACAUUGAUCUGUCCUUACA